AUGUAUUUCUACAGGGAGAACCUGCACAUGAGGAGAGACUCGUUGAUCUACCUAACGUACUUCCACAUGGGCAUCGCAUUAAACAUUUUUCACGUCGCAACAGUCAUAGUACUGCAGCUGAAUCAAUCGGCCGCCGAGCCCGAACUGAAGUAUCAACGAAUCAUGCACCGGGUGAAAGAGUAUAUGCGUGACAAGAAGCUACCGGAAAAUCUUAGAAACAAAUUGAAAAUUUAUUACGAGUAUCGCUUCCAAGGGAGUUAUUUCAAAGAGAACGCGAUAUGCGGCACGCUGUCCAGUCACUUGAACCAAGAGAUCAUGGUUCACAGUAGUCGAGCACUGAUAGAGACGUCGACCAUUCUGCACGCCUUGCCUCGUAACGUCCUGUCGAACUUAAUGGGAGUUUUGAAGCCGGUCAUUUACCUCAGCGAAGAUGUCAUAUAUAAGAGCGAGACUCUGGCCGACUGUAUGUUCUUCGUGGUCAGCGGUACGGUCGCGUUGAUCACGUUCAACGGAAAAGAGAUAUGUCACGAAAAAGAUGGCGGGUAUUUCGGCGAGGCGGCGUUGAUAUAUCCCGAUAAAAGGAGACUGGAAUCGGUGAUCACGUUGGAAGUGUGCGAAUUGUUGCGGUUGAACCGACGCGACUUCAAACGCAUGUUCACUCACAAGUGCACCUUCUACGAGAGAUUGGAGAGAGCCGCCGAAAUACGACGUGACCAGAUAAACAAACUGACCAUCGCCGUUAUCGAAGCCGAAAUGACGCAGAUGUACAACACGGAAACCGACGUGGAAGACGAAAAUGGGAAGGAUUACGAGCGCGAGAGAACCGACAAAGAGACCGACCACGAGAAGAGCGAAGAAAACGACGAAGAUGCCGAACCUAGCGAUGAUGCCGCGGCUGCUGAGGAGAAGAACGAUUUCGAAGGAAACGACGAAGGCCGUAAAGAGGACGGAGAAAACGGAGAAGGUUGACUACGUUCCAUCGUGUUGAAUGGCUCGGAUCCGGUGACAGUUCC